UAAAGCAAUAUGUCAGAAACAGCGGGAAUUUCGCAAGGAUUGGGAAAUCCUUACAAAAUUGUUGAUCACACCCGAGAGAAACGAAAGGGAAUCACUGCUUCUUCUUUAAAAGAAUUAACCAAUAUUGCAAGGAGUCGUCUGUCUUUGCCUUUAGACGCAGAACUAACAAUUGUCCUGGAACAAGAUGGAACUGAGGUAGAUGAUGAAGAAUAUUUUGCAACGUUAGAAAGAAAUACUAGUCUAAUGGUUCUGUAUGGAGAUCAAAAGUGGGCGGCAGCAGGAAGCAGUAAAGCUGCUUCUCGUUACAUUGUUGUCGACGACGUAGAUAAUAUAGAAGGUGGACAAAGAAGAGAGGAACUCAGAAGGCGUCGACCACCAAUAGAAGCUUUAGUCUCAUCAUUGCAUGGUGAUCCAUCUCAUAUAUCGCUGCUUGAUGGACAGAAUUUAGAACUGCUUAGUGACAUGGAUCCAGAUAGUGUGGCUGAUAUAGUGUCUGGCAAUAUAAUCUUCCUUGAACAAUUGAAAGAAGCUUCAGGCAGAUUUUUGGCUGAAAAACGGCAAGCACAAGGAUCCUUGGAUGUUCUUCAGAUGUGUGCAAGUGGUGGAGAAAUAGAGCGAGCGUAGGCCAUGUGGGGGGUGGGCGCCCUCACAUUGGCUAACAUGUAUCGAGUGCGACGUCGCAUAUUUUAUAAAGGUCGCCAAUUACAACAAACUUUAAUCCUUUUCUGGAAUUGAGCCCAUCGUAUUUAAAGCGUACGAGUUUACUGCGCUGUCUACCAUCAUAUUACUCAUGAAAACUGAAUGUUUGCAUUGUCAAUGAAAGUCUUGAGAUUCUACUAUGCGACAUUUUAAAAGAUGCAAUGGUGAAAAGACGUGUAUAGGAACUAGUGAGUUCCUAUUUUUGACGGGUAGUUGAGUCUUAUUUCUGAGAUAUUUGCAGGUAUUUGCUAAAUAUGUGAACAUUUAAAUUCAUUAGCAAAAGAGAAAUUUAUGGAACAUUACUGCUUGUCAGUGCUAUAAGUUAAUGCUAUAAUAAUGCAUAGUUACAUGUUUUGUUAAUAGCAACUUGUUUUUUCUGAUUGUUUUAUUUUUUUAUUUUAUAUAGGUUUAUAGCAUAAAUAUACAGUUCUAGUGUUAUUUAUUUUGUAGAAUACGACGUAAGGAAUUGCUUUAAUGCAAAAUGAGGUCUUAAAAUACACAUGCAUAGUUAAACAUAUGCAAUUUAGCCAUUAAAUAAUCUGUAUGUAUUACAUAAACAAAAGCUAUAUAGAAAUAUCAUGUCAAAGAAAACAUUCCGUCACGAUGUUGUCAUAUCAGUAUUAUCAAAAAGGCGACAUGUUUGGUUUAUGAACUUUUGUAUGUAGAUAUAUUAUACCAACUCGUUUAGUUCAACGAAGAUCGAUGAAAUGUUUAAGACUGAAUUUAUAGAGAAAGAAUGCAUCCCCAUUAUAAUCAUCAAUUCAUUGUACACUAAAUUUAGCGUGGUAAUAGGGAAAAUCAAUAUCAGCUCUUUGAUACCAGAGUUAUGCAUUUGAUAAGAAAAACUGCAGAAAAAAAAAGAAAAUGUGCACGUGUUUCUGAAAAGAUUAUGCAUACGCAAAAUGAUAUUGUAUUAAAAUAAAAUUUAUUAUAUCUAAACUUGUUACGAAAAUGAAACCAACUUUACGACGUUUAAAGACACAAGUUACUUAACGUUUAUAUGUAAUAAUGCUUAUUUUAAAUUUUAAAAAUAAAAGAUUUAAUGCUUAUGUUUAUUCUUUGCAGAAACACUCUUAAACGAAACAUCGUGACAUUCUUUGAUAUAUAUCUUAACAUCUGUAUACUACAAAAUAAUGUUUACAUUUACUGUCAUUUGGAUAUUUAAAAUGCAACGAUCAGCAUAGACAUAUUAAUAAUUAAUAGCAUCCAAAUGUGUCAGUAAUUAUAAAUUUGUUCUAUAAUUUCUAAUGACGUUUCUUUGUGAGAUUGAACAAAGUAAUAUUUUAAAACGUAUUAGAAAAUAGUUGAUAUAUUUAAUAGAACUGCCAAUUAAAGAAAACAAUUGAUGCUCAAUAAUGUCCCACCCAUCAUGUCCUUUAAAAAUACUGAUUUUUUAAUACUGAUAUUUAACACAUUAUACUAAGGUAGCAUUGUUAUUAUUAUCGUUAUUAUUAUUAUAUUCUCAUUACAUAUUUGAAUAAGUCUUAUAUAACAAAAUAUAUUUACAUCAAUUAGGUUUUAAUAGACGAUAUAAUAUUUCUAUCCAUGAGUUGAGACAACACAUUGGAAGUAUCUUUUGAUCGAUUGCAGGCGCUACGUAAUUGAGAAACAGCCUCUUGAAGUAUAAGUUCACUUCUUAGCAAUUGUUUAUUAACAGUUGAUAGUUCUUGAGUGGCAUUGCCAAUUGUUCCAUCAAUUAAUUGUAUAAUGUCCUUAUCCAAUGUUUCAUUGCAUUCAUCUAUUUUAUUAUAAAACAUGUCAAUUGAAGUAUUAAACAUUUUUUCUUAAGCAA